AUGACCCGAAGAAACAUUCCGCGGGCCAAUAACUACUCUUAUGGACUAGUCAUCUGGAGUGUGCUCUUGUAUUCUGGAGACAUUCCAAGUCAGCGGGGCGUUACAUCAAGACAACAAAUUGCUCUACAAGAAUUAGAAAACAACAAGGACGCGAUAGGAUCGGAGCGAUAUUCUGUGCUACACGGCGCAGUCAGCCAGUGCCUUGAACCGGAGCCCCUUAAUCGCGCGAUGACUCUCUUGCCGCUCUUUCCCGACGGAGAAACCAACAAAAACCGCCUCGUCGCUCAUGCUGAAGAGAUCUCGGCUUCACAAUGGGACGAGAGAGCGGGUAAUCUAGAUCUGGAGAAUCUAGCAAAGCUAUACGACCCUUUCCGCAAACCGAAAUACGAAAGUUGGGAGCCGAACCCUUUCGCAAGCUACUACGCCAAAGAUCUGCUUUCAUCUAUUUUGCAUGGACCUCGGAUAAGGACUACCGUAUCCGAUGCUACAGUAUUGAGCCUGCUUUGCAAUGCAGCAAGCCUUGGCGCGAAAAAUGCGCAAUCCAUGAUAGGCACAAUACACCGCUACUACGAGAUCGACCAGCCCGAAGAAAUCCAACGACAUUAUUUAGCAUGGCUCAAACGUGCGGUCGCCGAUGGCAGCGUGCUUGGAAAGUCAGAGCUGCAAAAGCUUGAUCACGAUGCAUUUUCCGCCAGCAUUGAGCAGUUUCAAAAUUCGGGGGGUUAUAACUGGUUCUAUUUUCACAACAACGAGCGCAUUUACGCCGCGAAAUCAGAUGAGCCGGAAUUGCCUGGCUGGACGACGCUUCAUCGAUUGGCGGCUUGUGGAACCGUUGAACAAAUGGGGGAAUAUCUCGAAACUCCUGCUCGAGAGGACAUCGAAUCUCUCACAUCGAAUGGCGAAACUGCCUUAUAUCUUGCCUCUGCGCGUGGCUGCUGGGCGAUCGCAAAGAAACUCUUGGAUUAUGGUGCCGAUCCCGCAAGGCCUUGCACAACAUUUGGAAUUACCUGUUUACACUGGCUGUUCUGCUUUGAUGAAAACUUUCAGGAUGAGGCAGUUGCCCACUUUUUCUCUCGUGGUGCAGAUAUAGACGCAACUGCACGAGACGAGCUUCCUUUUUGGCACUAUCCCUUUGUACUUCCAGCAGGAACGCCAUUACACUGGGCCGUCGUCACUUCAAGCAGGGUAGCUAUCAGUGCUCUUUUCAACCACGGGGCAGAUGUGCUCGUGCGGGAUGGAUCCAACCCUUACACAUUCGAUAGUCGGGUCCGAUUUACGAACAAAUUCGGAGGCCCAAACCAGGAACCAUACUCAGUUCCGGAGAUCAAGCCCAUGGGCUUAUCAUCGCUGGAUCUGAGCGCAAUGCAGUGGGAUCCUUUUCUAUUUCACCUGAUACGCUCAUCUCGCAAGCAAACCAUCAACAUCAACGCUGUAGACGAGGAGGGUUUCGCCGUGCUUCACCGUCACAGCGCAGAUUACAAACGCAGAACCCGGCUUGGCAACGUCUUUUCAUCCGUACCUUUCAGAGGAACUCGGGAGGAGGCGCGACAAGGGCUUCGACAAAUUGCUGAAAUUGUGCAAGAACUCGGCGGCAACUUUGAUCUCCUGACAACGACUACAACAUCCAAGUCGCAAAGCUACCGCUUUACUGACAUGGUGAAUCAAACUCCGUUAAUGCUAGCCAUGACGCUUGGCGAUGUGGACAUUGUGGAGGCGCUAUUGGAUUAUGGUGCCAACCCAAACGCUGAGGACGAGCAAGGAGCCGUGGCGCUCCAUUAUCUCCCCACAGGUAACGACAAAUAUGGCAUACCAUGUGUCGAGCUUUUAUUGUCGCGCGGAGCAGAUGUCAACCACAGGAGAAAAUUGUGCAUCACGGUGACACCAGUUAUUGUGGCUAGACGCUCGCCUGGUGUUGUCGACACCUUGCUCUCAAACGGAGCAAACAUGGAGGAUAUUGAUGAGUCGGUGGGUUCAUCGGAGUAUGGGCGAAGUUUAUGGACAUCACUGGCCGAGCGCGACAAGCCUUUGGAAUGUGUACAUGACAAUGCGGUGGCCGGACUGCUUGAAAAACACGUAUUAUCCCUAAGUGACGCUGACAGGAUCCAGAAUAUCAUCAACUAUGCAAACCAGGAUGGGCUCACUAUGUUACACCAGUUCGCACGUAGGGGCAUGCACCUCUCCACCAGCACUAUCUUACGGCAUAGGGCCGACCCGAACAAACUCUAUUGUCGCCAAACGUAUGAGUUCCAUGGCAAAGAUAGAAUGAGGGUCACGUUUUCCUCCACUCCUCUCGACUUGGCUAUCGAAGAGCUGGCAAGAAGGGAACGACAGGUGCGAUCGCACAAAGAACAGUAUUCUAGGUUGGAGUAUAAAGAUCUCUGUGACAAGGACCGCGCUGUCAUCGAAGCCUUAAGAAGGUUCGGUGGAACAUGUUCGGAGGUGCCAAAACUUAUGACACCUGUCGACUAGGGCUGGGCCAGGUGGUGUGGUGAUAGAGGUUCUUUGUGACGAUUGCUUACAAUACUCGUCGAAUCCCGGGUGUCACGGCGCUCAGUAACUUUUUGGUCGUGGCAAUUCGGGUCAGGUCGCUUCUGCCUAGGUUGGCGAAAUACUUCCUGAAUUGAUUGGUGAUGGCUGUGUCUGAUAGCUUCCACAAUAGAGAGAAGACAUCAAAAACAAAUCUAUCUUCCUCAGACAGUGGAGCCAGAAAUUCGUCAUAACCACGUGUUAUCGAGAUAGCUGGAUAGUUGGUGUUUAUCCAGGUUCGUCACCAAUGGGCUUAGUCAGGAUAUUUAUGGAUUAAAAAGGGACCAGCGGUAAUGGCAGCCAUUAGGAC